AUGGUGUCCCUGCUCUUCCUCUGCCUAAUCCUUGCGCCUGUGAGCUGCAUUAAAAUAGGCAUCUCACAGGAUUUGGAUACAAACACAACAACAACAACAACCACAACUCCAGCAACACCAAUAACAACAUCAACCGCAACAUCAUCACCUACAACACUAUCAACUACAUCAUCAUCUACAACUUCAACCCCAUCAACUGAAGCUUCGUUGACCACUAGUAACUUGGAUGCGAUUGCCACCAGCAGUCCGUCGUGGUCCGAAGCUGUCAGCACUCCUGCCCAAACAUUUCCACCUCGCAAAACUCCAAAGUCACCCACAACAACAGCUCCAAGGAGAACGAGCAGCACCUCGACAACAACUGCUGCUCCUGAGGUCAUAAAUGCCACCACAGUGCAGACAACUAUUGCGCCACCUGGACAAGACUAUCGUCUUUAUUACUGCGAGUGCGAUUUGCAAUCGGAGCUGUGCGAAAUCAAUUGCUGCUGUGAUCGCGAUUGCCCCGCAGAGACGCUGCAAGUCUUCAACUGUUUGCAGUCAUCGGUGGCGCCACAGCUGCAGACGCGUCUUGAGGACUUUCAGUACACUCAUGGACUGCCCACCUGCCAGCUCCACGAUGGAUGGCUCUGCGUCUUUCGCAGCAACACAAAGCCAGCGAAGCCAGAGCCACUCAGCAACAACUUCGAUGCGGAACAGUACAACAAAUGGCCGGAGCAGCUAACUGGCUACGAGGAGCAGGUAGUUCAAUCCUCUCAGUCUACGAGCCACUACAAAUACGGACAGGCGCUGCAGCUGUGGCAACCAGAGACCAAACAGUUGUCCGAUUUUGAGCUGCCCUUGGCUUAUGAAAGCGCCAACUGUCAACUGAAGCAGGCGCUGCGUCAUCUGGAACCCAUGAGAAGCAGCUGCAAGCUCAGUGAUGCCUUAGAAAUGCAGAGCCACCUCUGGACAUUACUCAAUCUGACGAGCAGCCAUCAGUUACUAGCAAAACCUUUCGACCCAGAGGAUCAGGAAGUGCAGAGCAUAGACAUAGAAAUAUGCCAACAACUGUUGCAGCAGCCACAAAUGCAGUGCAAUGAGACGCAACUGGACAUCAGCGUGGACAGCAUUGAAUUGAAGUUGCUGCACAAUUACACACACAUCUUGUCAGCUAAAUUGGUGCUAAAGGAAGCGAGUGCAUCGGAGGAACAUGAUCUACUCUGGCUGCACUACGAACUGAACUUUAAAACUGCAGCAUCAGACUUUUCCAAGCCCAACUCUGGUCCACUUGGCUAUCUGCAAGGUGCGCCACUUCUACUCUCGACAUGGCAGCCACAAAACAGCAGCGAUCAGACACCACUUAAUCUUACUCAUCACUGGCUAACGCUCUGCGAGCAGAGUCGUUCCACUGUUGGCUUUGGCGUGGAUCUCGCCAAGCAUUGCCAGCUACGUGAAGUGGCGCCAAUUGUUUUGCACAAUCAUACGGAAUAUUGCCAGCAACUGCAGGCACACAUUUGGCGCCAAUUGCUGCCACAGAAUUGCACUCGCUUGGAGCAACUGGAUCAAGUAUUGGUUUCGCAGCUGGGCAAACCACAACCAGAUCAGUGGCUGUCACUCCAACUUAGCCACAUGGAUGGUCAGCUGCCAAUCUUGGGCCUCUACAAUGAGGAGCAGCAAAGUCUGAGUUGUCGCAACAUAAUACUCAGCGUCAGCUAUGAGUUCCAUGUGGCAGAGCUAACACUGAUCGAUGGUCAUGUUCCGCACCAGAAUGUGUUGCGUCAUGCGAGAUUGAUGAUGGGUCAACGACACGAUCUGGAAUUCGAUGCGGGCGAGCAGUUGAUCGAGUUGCCCUUGGCUGUCUCUGUCAUGUUCUUCAAGCAGCAGCAAAAUUCGGCAAGUUCGCUAUUCCUCUCAAGCGGAUUGGCUUGUGUUAUAUCUACAAGCAUUCGAUGGCUAGUUCAAUAACGUAAAGGAAUAGCUUGAAAAGUUGAACAAU